AUGCCUUUUCCAAAUUCGAACAUCCCCAGCUUCCUCCCUCCUCGCCAUCUAUAUCGACAUAUCCUCCGCGAGACGUCAUAUCUACCCCCAGCGAUUCGACCAUCUAUCACUACACAAAUUCGCUUCAAGUUCCGAAGUCACCGAAGAAAUGACCCUCUACGGGAUAAACACCGUGCCAAGGGCGCCAAUGUGUUGCGCAAGCUGAGGGCGGCCAAUAGUGGACACAAGAAGUGGAUGGAGGAAUUAUUGAUGCACGCUUUUGCCAGGAAGGGAUCUCGAAGGCGAAGCCUUAUUUCUGACUUUGUAAAGCCUGAAGCUCCCAGCGACACGGAGGCUUUGGAGGGGAUGAUCAAGGAUGUCCAAGUGGACCAAAAACCCGACUCUGGGGUAGUCGCAAAGUUGACCGAAACGACGAUCGAGGACGACUCUUCUCCAGUGGAGCAAAAGAUAAAAGAGGAACAAGCAGAAAGCGCAGUCGACACUCCAAAAGACAGAAAUGAAGAAGAGCCCAAGAAGACUCUGGUCAGACGUGGGCCGAAACCCCUCGAGCCUACAUUCUAUCACAAAUGGGAUGUUCCGAAACUCGUCAAGCUAUUAUCGUCUCAGAGAUCUCGCCAGCAGUCGGUGAACAUGUCUUGGCCCAAGUCCAGUAUCAAAGGUCUUGACCCUGACAGUGAUAUUCCAAAAAUAAACAUAUGGGGUAAACCAACCCCGGAGAGGGUCUACCAAGCUAAGAGAGCACACUUCUGGAAACGUGCUGUGCCCAAAGUAAUGCCUCCACUCGGCAAUAAUGAAUGGGAGUUUCUUGGUCAGUUAUCUAAAGGCGCCCAGGAGGAAGAGCAGUGGAAAAUUCCAGAGAGGAGGAGAGCUGCGAAACCUUUACGAGUUGUCAAGUCAAACAAGUUGCCAACCCUGGACUGGGACUGGGAGGGAUACGCCACUCAGCCUACCAACAAAGUCGAGCGCAUCAAUCCGCUCGCGCAGUUUGCACAUGUCGGGCCGGACAAGACGGAUCACCCAUACCACCACCACUCAGAUCGCGACCUUAAAGAACUGACGCCAAGAUGGUUCCGCCGCGCUUAUCAGAGAGUCUGGCAUCUCAGCCCCAAGAUGGAGACAAGACCAACCACAGGAAAGAAUGUCUAUGUUUGGGGCAGUUUCGAUCCUGGCGUUAGCGCUCCCUCGAGACAACAACUUGAAAUCUUCGAGGGCGUUGACAGCAACGGCAAAGUUCCAAAGAACAAGCAACCCAAGGCACCAAAGUCCGACGAUAAUGUUGAGUCUUGA